CAUUUGGGUGAAGUGCACUCAGGGUGAGUCUGUUACACGUUUCCUGCUCAGAGAUGAGCAGUCUCACUGAAACCAGGCAGAGGACACCAGAAGCGUGAGAGGUUCUGGCAGGGCCAAGGGCAGGACAAUGGCCACCGAGGGCAGCCACUGCAACACCAGAAUGUCUGCACAAUACGAGGAGAAAUAUAACAGUCUUAAAAAGACUGCAGGCGAACUCUUCAAAAAGUAUAAGGUGGAAAUUUCAAAUGCAAUAAAUAAAGCAUUUCCUCUAUUUGAAAUUCUCCGGGACCGUGGAUUCAUCACCAAUGAAAAAUAUAAAGAGUCUCGAGAAAGUCUUAUAAAACGGAUUUCUGUACAAGAAGCUGUAUAUGAUAUUCUUAGCGAACUGGAGAAGACAUUUGACCUGACCCUUCUGGGUGCUUUGUUCAGCAAGGCCAUCAUGGAGAACUAUCCUGAUUUAAAAGACAGUUACAGAAUCUUCAAAAAAGAAAUGCCAGACAUAAAAGAUUUCCUGGAGACUGAUGCAGAAAACAAGGGGCAAUCUGAUGCCCAACCAAGCCUUGACCAAGGAUCUGGUAAAAACUCAUGUCUAAACCUGCUUUGGAGCAGCCCAUUUUCCAUGAAUAACACUGAUCCUGCCACAUCUGAUAAUAGACUCACACAGCAAGCCUCUGCAGAAAUGGGUGCUGAUACAACCACUGGCAGCAAUGCUGCACUAGAAAGUCAACAAGCAAGUGAACAAUGUGCCCAACAGUCUGAGCCAGCAGGAGCAGAGCUACUGAUCCCUGGAAUCCCAGUGAAUUCCGGCCCUACAGAUCCAGCAAACAUAAAGAAGGAAAAGCCAUUUUUUAACUCAGGAGUUGAUUGGGAAGCCCAAGGAAGGACUGGCUGUAACCAGGCAUCUGCCAUAAUAGAGAUCAGCAAUGAGGACUCCGUGGAAAGGAGAAACAGAGAAGAGGCCCCAGAAGUUUCCACCUCAGGAGUGAAAAGGAAACCUGGUACUGUGAAUCCUGAAAACAACUCUACUCCAGGAAUUAAAAAGAAGAAAAAAAAAACAGGACAGCAGCCAGAUGUGCCUGUAAAUUUUGAAGCUGAAAUACUCCCUGUGACUUGUAAAAAGAAGACGGGGCUGUUAAUUAAGAGGAAACUGGAACGAGGAGCCACAAGGAAGUGCAUAAGAACUGAAGAUGGAAACUGGUUCACUCCCAGGGAAUUUGAAGUCAGAGCAGGCUAUGAAAAAGCAAAUAACUGGAGGAACAGCCUGACCUGUGGUGGAAAAACCCUAAAACUUCUGAUAGAGCUUAAAUAUAUCCAUCCACCUCCCACUACAAAAAAGGUGGAAAACUCAGACAAAUGUGUAAUCUGCCAGGAUGGAGGAAAGCUCUUUGGCUGUGCUACUUGUCACAAAGUCUUUCAUGAGGGCUGUCACAUCCCACCUGUGGAGAUUGCAAGGAGUGGUUGGAAGUGUACAUUCUGCUUAACAAGAAAUCCUCCAAGUCACCAACAUUACAGGGAAUCUGAGGUCCUGGUGAAGCUUAUGGAGCCUGAAGAGCUGUUGAAAUGUGCAUUCCUCCUCUUAAUUGUCUAUGCCUCUUUAGAGGGCAAAGUUUUCCCAAAUAUUCCACAUGAAAAUUAUGCUAAAGAGGCUUCUCAAUGCCUAGAGAAACUUAGAAAGUUGGACAAAAUCAAGGAGAGUCUACUCAAGGAAAACUACCACUCUGUGGAAAGUUUUGUGCGGGCCAUGGACGAAUUCUUUACUAUCCCCAGUUGCAGUGACGCAGAAUUAACUCAGGAUGAUUUUAAGAAGAAUUUCAAAGAACAAUUUGCUAUUCAGGAAACAAAUUAGAACUGCACUGAUGUAGUUGAUACUGUUCAUGCUCUUAAAAGUCCUGGUUUCAGGCAGAUUUCUUAUUUUUUAAUUGUUAUUCAACUACAGUUUUCUUCCUCCCCAACCCUUCCCACCACCCUAGCCCCCCCCCCACUUCCUUCCCCCUUGUCCACCCCGCCUUGUUAUUGUCCAUGUGUCCUUAAGAGUCCUUCCUGUAAACCCUUCACCCCUUUCCUCCAUUAUUGCCUCCCCUCUCCCCUCUGGUCACUGCAGCCUGCUUUCAAUUUCAGUGUCUUGGGUUAUAUUUUACUUGCUUGUUCAUUUUGUUGAUUAGGUUCUGGUGAAAGGUGAGUUCAUAUGGUAUUUGUCUUUCAUGUCAGGCAGAUUUCUUAUCCCCCUGCUGCUAUGCAGGUUGGCUUCGAUGCCACCUAUUCCCAGGGUAUUUCUUUGGGCAAAUAAAUCCAUAAUCACCUGAAAGUUACAUGUCUUUGGCCUGGGGAUUGAUUCCCAUCCCCAAGGUUGAUCCAACUAUGUUCAGUGAUUGUGUCGCUGCCCCCACAGGGACUCAGGCUAGAGCUAUUGUCCAGCUGUGAGCACAUCCUUACUUAGCUUUCCCCUCCAUGGUAUCUUGCUUCCCUUACCCUCCUCCUUCUGAGAGAAUUCUUACAAUAAAUCACAUAUUCAAGAGAGUUUAUUUCAGGCUUUGCUUUUAGGGAACCCACCUUAACAUAAUGGUUUUAGCAAGCCAGCCCUAGGCAUGGAGUUCUGAGCUGGAUCACUGUCUAGCCAGAUGAUUAAAGGCAGAAUAUUGAUAGUACCUGGAGUGCUCGAGCAGUGCAGUUGCAAAAAUAUUUGCCUUAAUGAGAUACAGGGAACAGGUACACUACCUGUUACAAUUGUCUAGCAUUCACAAAGGAAGAAAUAGCAAUAAUAAGAACUGUAUAGUUUGGUGGCUAUUUUUAAGUUCACUAAUGUAUUAAAAAGAGUAUAUGGCCUGCUUAAAUAUAUUAUUUAUCACCUACAGCUGGAAGGCAGACAGUAAGGAAGGCCUGCCACAGUCCCUAAUUUUAAGAAUGACAGAACUUCAGAGAAGACUGUUGAGUCAAAGUCAAGACCUUGAUAAAGGAAGCGUUAAGCCCUGAAACUCAGAAUGGGGCUUUCCAGGUAGAUGCACCUGAGAACUCUGAACUCUAGUUCCUUCUGAGCCCACAGGCCUGCAAAUGGAUCUCCAGUCUCUGUUGGUAGGCAGACCCCAUUCCUACCCCCAUCUUGUCCAAACUAAGAAUAAGCAGCGUUCUCUCAUUAUAAUCAAACUAGGAAUAUGCUAGAUGAGCCUGCUCGUUGCCAACAUGGUUUACUCCAGUACAGCUGCAGAAGUGUCCACAUGUACCAACAGGUGCUAAGAGAUUGUGUGUGGGAGUGGAUCCCAGAAAAACAAUCUUAGAAUGUAACACUAGUUGGGAGGGGAGCUACUGAUACAGAUACACUCUACUGGCCACAGAGUUUAAUGAGCUUGAAAAGGUCCAAAGUCUACGAUUCUAAUAUGUUCCUGGGUAGUUCUUAGGGGCUUGCUGCAAAGCACAGUGCACACUAGGUAAAGUGGAAGGAACAAAUGCCAGACCUGACAGAGAUGACAAAAAUAUAGGGUAAUAAAGCCUUAGGAAGAUGACACGGCUCUAAUUCUACAGCUGGAGAACCCAUCCAUCAGAUAACUGUGCCCUCAGGAGGCCUCACAGACCCCACCUUAAUAGGUGUAAGAAAUGCACUGUUGAGAGGGCACCUGCAUCCUUGCAAUGCUCAGGUGGGACUGUCCUCUGUAGUUUGGAAUAGUGUAAGAAUGAUGUAGAGUUGGAUUCCCUAGUAGCAAAGGAAAAUGAUAAGAUUCUAGAAUAAAUGAAAGUACGUGGCAGCAUUUAACUUUCAGAGAAAGAUAAAUAAUCUCUGUAAUGAGCAGCAAGUUUAGAAUGACAGCAAGGGAUCCAAGCCCAUAGAUGUCUAAGGAAAUAGCUAAUAGAAGAUAGUGUUCUUACAGGCAAGAGUAGCAUCCAACAGAACAUUGCUUCAUAUAAAUCAUCAAAAGAGACUAAAAGUAAAUGAUUAGAUGGCUGAAGUGCUACCUCAAUGAAAAGUUAGCAUUCCUAGCCCCCUUUCCAGACCUCAGCCAAUACUUGCCCCAUAAUCUGUGGAUGGAAAUGAGGGCAGUUCUUAUAAGAAAGGAGUGUGCAGAUUGUAGCCAGUAAUAAUUCCCUGAGUUCUCCACCAAGGAGACCCAUGGCCAAUUAUUUAAAUAACCAAAUGCAUGACAAAGAAUAUGCACAGAAAUAUUAAGAGUUUUUCAUACAACAUCUCAGUUGGUAUAUAGAAACCCAAAACAUCAUAAUAGCCCCUGUUAGAGGACAUUUAUAAAAAUAAGGUAAUGUCCAUCAAACAGUGAGUCCACUCAAUCCAUGGAACCACCCAGUAGUCAUCUCCCAAGAUUUUAAAUGUGUAAUAAGGACACACAUAGUUGGCCAACCUGGUUUUUUACCCUAUCAUUUCUUAACCUAGGAAAUAACAACUGUCCUAGGGAAGGGAAGAUGGAAGGCUCUGAAACUUAAGUUUUAUUUGGUGAAAAGAAUAAGUUGAAGGCAAUAUCAUACUCCUGGAGAAAGAGGGAAUGGCAUAGGUUGGUGCCACCUGCAAAAAUUUGAGGAUGCCAGAGUUGUAAUCCCCAUUACAUCUCCAUGUGAUUCAGCAGUCUGGCUUAAGCAAAAAGCUAGGUAAUUUCUGGCUACUACAUACCUAGUAGAAAUGUUAGCAAAGGAGAGCCCUUUAGCACCCAGAACUCAGGCCUGGGUGGACUGCAUCCUGCUUGUAGCAGUCCCUAAAGAGAAAGCCCAACUAGUGGUCUGCUCUUCUGAAGAUCAGAGCUACUCAUGCCAUCUGACCAGAGAGCUCAGUUGGCAGUUUUACCUGAAUUGGGUCCAUAGUCACACCAUACCAACCCUAGAGACCAUUCUACUACCCUGGCCAACCAGAGAAGCAAAUUUGCAGGCCCACUCAACUGUUGAGUAUAGUUUUAUCCCUGGCCAUUUUCAAGGCUUUGUAGAGAUCUCUGGCAGUCCUGACAACAAGCCUAUGGUUCAGCUGAUAUAUGGAGCCAGGUCUAUAAUUCUAUCUAGCAAGACAGCCCAGGCUAUGACCCUGUCCAAUUGACUAACACAGACUGUUGCCUCACCCAUUCAUGGAGCUAGUCAAUGAGCCCACACAAUCAUAGAGCAUAGUUUGUGUGAGCAUCCAAUGAGGGGGUCAGGAGAGUGAUGCUGCCCAACUGUGCAAUAGUCUCUAUUCCCACCCAACUGCAGGACUCAGCUAGAGGUCCCUCUCAACUAGAGAAUCUUGCCAAUAACCACACCCAACAGCAGAGCAAAGCUAGCAAUAUGGUAACUUAUUUUGUAGCCCAUCCUCUAACCUGGCCAACUUCAGGAAACAACCAUUGUCCUAACCAGAUUUCAGAUCACAUUCCAAAUGCCCACUAUGACUAUGAAGCUCUUCUUGUUGCCUCAACCAAACAUGAAAUCCUGCCAAAGACACCAUCAAGCUGGGGAACACAGUCUGAAACUCCACCCACACAGGAUCUAUUGUAAAGCCCAGCUUGUAAUCCUGACCAUUUUCAGAGUCAAGGCACCACCAUGAAACAGAGCCUGACACAUCACUCAACUAUAGGUGCUUGCUAAGCCCAUGUAGCCUCAGAGUACAGCUAGCAGCCUGACUUGAUCAGGGAGCCCAAUCAGCAGACCCACCAAAACCCAGCUCAGGCAGCUUCCAGCCAUCACCCUCAGAGCACAGGCAAUGGCCUUCCCAACAAAGACCCUGAUAACAUUCAUCUUCCUAUGGAUAUUAUCAUCUUCACUGUCCUGUGUUUCAAACCGGGCUGACUAAUGAAACCAUUUUCCCGAGGAAGGAAGUCUGUAAAUUUUGGAAGAGGAGACUGCUUACUUAUAUACACUGAUACCAACACAAGAAUCAAGGAUCAUGAAUAUUUGGGCAAACAUGGCACUACAAAAGAAAAUUAAUAAACUGUAAUAACUACCCUAAAAUAUGGAAGUCUAUAAACUGCCUGACAAAGAAUUUAGAAUAAUCCUCUUAAAGUAGUUCAGUGAAGUACAAGAUCCCACAGACAGCUAACUAAAUUAAAAAAAAAAAAAAAACGAGUAUAACAAUGAAAAAAAUUACAAAAACACCACCAAAAAUCCUAGAUUGAAGCAUACAUUAAAUGCACUGAAGUACUUAAUAGUAAGCUUUAACAGCAGACUCAGUCAAGCAGGAGAAAGAUUCAGGGAACUAGAAGAAAGGUAAUUCAAAAUUAUGCAGUCAGAGGAAUAAGCCAAAGUGGUAAAACAGUGAAAAACGCCUAUAGGACUUAUGAGGUAUUAAUAAAAAAACUAUAAGAACAUUAUGGGAACCCCAUAAGGAGAAGAGUAAAAUAAAUAUAAAGUUUAUUUAAAACAAUAAUGGUGAAAAUUUACCAUGCACAGAGCAAAAUGGACUUUCGGAAUUGUCCAAAGUCAAAGAUAAAGAGAGAAUUGUAAAAGUGGCAAGACAAAACAGACUUAUCACAUAUGAAAAACCCGCAUAAGAACAGUAGUGGAUUUCUCAACAGAAACUUUUCAGGCAGGAGAGAGAGGAAUGAUAUACUCAAUAUACUGAAAGGUAGUGUAUCAACUAAAUAGAGUACCCAGCAAAGUUGUCUUUAGCAAAUAGAGGAAAAAUAGACUUUCCCAAACAAACUGCAGCUGAAGGCAUUCAUCACCAGUAGACCUGUCUUAUAAGAAAAGUUAAGGGGCUUCCUUCAAGCUAAAAGAAAAGGAUGUUAACUGACAUAAUAAAAACCUAUUAGUGAAUAAAAUUCCCUGUGAUUGUGAAUAUACAGUUGAAAUUAGAUUCUCUGAUAUUGUAAUGGUGUUACAUAAUCCACUACAACUAUACUUUAAAAGUUAAGCAACUGCAUUAAAAAUAUCCAUAAUUAUAAUAAUUCAUUACUGGAUACACAAUAUUAAAAAGAUGUAUCCUUGAUUUGUGUGACUCAAUUGGCUGGAACAUCAUGCCAUGAACUGAAAAAGUUGAAGGUUUGGUCCUUCGCCUGGGCAGCUGCCUAUGUUGCAGGUUUGGUUCCAGUCAGGAUGCAUACAAGAGGCUACAGAUUGAUUUUUCUCUCUCACAUCAUUGUUUCUAUCCCACAUCUCUCUCUUUCUCUCUUUCCCUGUCCCUCCUUGUGUCAAUUGGCAUAUCCUGACUUCAGGAUAAAAAAUGUAAAUUCUGACCUCUAUAAUUUUAAUAUGAGUGGGGAGAAGUAAAACUAUAAAGUUUCUUUAUGUUAUUGAAUUCAAAUUAUCAACUUAAAAUACAAAUUACAAAUAUAUGAUAUUUUAUUAAGCAUCAUGUUAACCACAAAGUAAAAACCUAUAGUACACACUCAAAAGAUUAUGAUAUGUGAAACAAAGUAUACUGCCACAAAUGAGCAAAUCACAGAAGAAGACAGUAAGAAAGAAAGACAGGAACAACAUCUAUACAAAAACAAUAGGAAAGGAUGAAUAAUAGUGGAGAAGUUUAAUACCCCACUGUCAACAGUGGCUAGAUCACUGAGAAUUAAUAAGAAAACAGCCGCUAUGAACAACACUAUAACCCAGAUGAACCUAAGGGAUAGAUACAGAAGAUUUCAUCCAACAGUAACAAAAUACACAUUUUCCUCAAGGAGACACAAACAUUUUCUGGGAUAAAUUAUAUGUUAGGUAACAAGUAAGUCUCAACACACUGAAGAAGAUAAAAAAUAUACUGUGUCUUUUCCAACCAUGAUAUUAUAAAACUAGAAAACAGUAAGAAGUGGAAAGCUGGGAAAUUCACAAAUACAUUGACAUGUAAUCCCUAUCAUGAUUCCAAUGGAUAAUUUUACAGUAAUAAAAAAGAUCUUAAAAUUCUUAUGAGGCACAAAAGAUCUUGAAUAGUCAAAAUGAUUUUGAGAAUCCCAAGCAAAGCUAUAGACAUUACAUUUCCUGGUUAAAACUACAUUACAAAGUUAUAGUAAUCAAAAUCGUAUGGUACUAGCAUUAAAACAACACAUAGACAAAUGCAAAUGAAUUGAGAGCCCAGAAAUUAAUUCAUGUAUGUGCAGUUAACUAAUAUUGGACAAGGAGCAAGAAUAUUCAAUGGGGAUAGGACAGCCUCUUCAAUAAAUGAUGUGAGGGAAAGUAGGUAGUCAUAUGAAAAAGAAUAGAAUUGGACUCCAUCUUACACUACUAAGGUAAAUUAACUCAAAAUGGAUUAAAGAUGUAAAUGUAAGACCUGAAGCCAUAAAACUCCUAGAAGAAAAUUUGGGGAGAGGUUUUUGAUGUUGGUCCCUACAGUGAUUUUACAUAAGUGACACCAAAAGCACGAGCAACAGAAGCAGAAAUAAUCAGUUGGGAUGACAUCAAACUAAAAAACUUCUGAACAGCAACAACAAAAACUAAUUAACAAAGUGAAAAGACAAUCUAUAAAAAGGGAGAUAAUACUUGCGCACCAAUGUGACACUGAUCAAGUGUUUUCCAACCGUGUUUUAACCUCUUAACAAAGUUCACUUCAGAGCCCAAUGUCCCAAAACAACCUGGCUGGCCAGGCUUGCUGAGGGGCCAGGGUCUACAUAAAUGGCCCCUUCACACCUCACACAGAGAGUGUAAGUUGUCCACCCAAAGAAACUGGGGAUAGGAGGCUAGAUGGCCAGAGAAAACAUGACCAACUGGUGACACCCACCCAGAGGACCCCACAGGUGGUCCCUGCUGUCUAACAGGAGGAAUGGAACAGUCUCAGGCCAGUCGGAGGAGCUAUAGAUCCUGGAGCUUUUUCAAUGGAGCAGGUUGACUGUGGUCCCAUUGCCCUGUGCUGUGGAGAUAAAGGCUAAGUGGUCAUCAUGCUAGAAAAGAGAUUUUCCACCCCACCCCACUGGACAGCCAAGAACAAGAAAGGUCACUAAGUUGUCAUACUUGUCUGUUCCAUUUACCUAGUCUCAGAUGUGGGCUGUUUGCUGAGAUGCUGGGGAGCUCAGCUCUGGUCUUACCUGGGGGUGUGUGUGGCUGCAGGACCUGGAGCUCCUGAGGUCCUGGGGCUCUUCGUAAUGACCCAUUACCCAAACCCCCCAGAGGGCUCCUCUGGGUGUCAGCUCACAUGCUGCUCUGCGUUGCUGGAGAGAAGCACCUUCUGUGUGAGAGGAGGGGACCUGGUAUUCUCUGAUUGUCUCUGUGUAAACUGAGUGGGGAAAUGUCUCUGCAAGUCUUGACAAAGGCCCAUGUCAGAGUGCAGGGACUGAACUCUGUGUCUGUGUUUCCUAAUAGGCCAAAGUGUCCUUUACACAUACACCUGGGUCUUUUCUUCUCUGGUUACAUGCACAGGGAGUGAGAACAGAAGGAGGUAGAGAGAGGGCUGUGGCCUGAAAGCCCUGGAAAGAGACAGCUUUAUAAAUAAAUCCUUCAGACUAAAACCAAAAUUUUUUUAAUAUUAAAUUUUAUUUAGUUACUUUUCAAGUACAUUUUUUUAAAUCUAUUUCUCCCAUCCCACCCGCCCCCCCACCCGGUCUCCCCCCUCUCUCCCAUCCCCCCCCCCCAGUCCUCAUCUCUGUGUCUUUCAUACUUGUUCCUCAAAAUCCCUCCCCCUUUUUCCCCUUAAGUUCCCUUCCCUCUCCCCUCUGGUCGCUGCCCACUUGUUCUCUAUUUCAGUGUCUUUGUUUUUAUUCUGUUUGCUUGUAAAACCAAAUUUGAUAACCGUUAUUUAAUCUCUGCCUUUAGCAAAGAACACAUAUUCUUAGGCUUCUCAGCAACAACUUAUCUGUCUCAUCAUUAUGGGUGGUUUGUAAAGUAUUCACUCCAACUGAGAUUCUAGAAUAAACCAUGUUUUUUUCACCAGA